AUUGGUGCCACCUGUUCUCAGGGACGCCAGCAAGCUCAGAUGGCCCAGUGGAAUAGGAGUGGCUAUUUCCGGAGCUCCGUUAGCAGAGAUGUGAAUCCUGACCUCGAAGCCGAAAGGCGGACUGCCUCCUUCAGCGUGGAAAGGCUCACGGCCGUAUUGGAUGGAGGAGCUGACAACACCAGGACACGGCGGGCAAUGGAGGCGGUUAUCCACCGGGACCCGGUCUUUAGCAGAGAAAAGCAGUACUUCCAGAGCCAGAAUGAGAGGUACGAGGCAGCAGUCAGGAAGGCUGUUCGCCUCAAGGAGAAGAUGCUGCAAAGGGGCUGGACGGAAAACAGGCCUGAAACAAAGUACUUCUAUAGGGCACUUGGAGGAGACGUAGCAUUUAACGUCCAUCGUGUCUUUAAGAACAGCAUCUUGGCACUGGGAACAGAUGAACAGAUUGCCAAGUGGAUCCCACUGGCUGAGAAAUACCACAUCAUAGGGACCUACGCUCAGACUGAAUUGGGACAUGGGACAUUUCUUCGGGGUUUGGAGACAACAGCGACUUUUGACACGUCCACUCAGGAAUUCACACUGAAUACGCCAAGGAUCUCGGCAAUGAAGUGGUGGCCUGGAGACCUGGGCAGAUCGGCAACCCAUGCUGUGGUUUUUGCCCAGUUGUACGUUAAAGGAGAGUGCUAUGGCUUGCAUCCCUUCAUAGUGCAGAUCCGCAGUCUUCGGGACCACCUGCCUGCACCAGGGGUUACUGUGGGAGACAUCGGUCCCAAAAUGAAUUUUGAACACAUUGACAAUGGCUACCUCAUGCUGCAAAGCGUCACUAUUCCCAGAGAAAACAUGCUGGGAAGAUUCUCUCAGGUUCUACCAGAUGGCACCUACAUGAAACGAGGGUCUGAUAAGAUUAACUACUUGACCAUGAUAGUGACCCGUGUUGAGAUGUUGUGGGUGGAAGUUAUACCCGCGCUGCAGAAGGCCUGCACCAUCGCCGUGAGAUAUUCCGUGGUUCGCCGGCAGUCCAAGCUGAACCCCGGGGAGGCAGAGGCAAAAAUCCUAGACUACCAGACUCAGCAACAGAAGCUACUACCUCUGCUAGCAACAGCCUAUGCCUUGCAUUUCAUGAAUGCCUACGUGAACAAGUUCUACAGCAAAGGGUACACAGAGAUCAGAGAGGGGAACUUUGAUUCACUACCCGAGCUUCACGCACUCACCUCAGGCCUUAAAGCCAUCAUCACAGACUACUGCACGGCAGGAGCGGAGGUCUGCCUCAGAGCCUGCGGAGGGCACGGCUACUCUGCACUGAGCGGACUCCCUUUUCUGUAUACUAAAGUAGCUGCGUCUUGCACUUAUGAAGGGGACAACACUGUUCUGUUCCUGCAGACGGCCAGGUAUCUGGUAAAGUGCCUUGCAGCAGUUCACGCCGGCCAGCCCACCCCGCCGUCUGUGGCCUAUUUGUCUUUAACGAACUCCAGAAAGUGUUGGGUCAGGACUGAGGCAGACUUGCUUAAACCAGACAUUUACGCGGAGGCCUAUCGGCGCAGAGCAAGCAGGCUCCUCAGCACGGCAGCAGCCAAACUACAGGCUUUGAUUCAGUCCGGAGCUGAGGAGUACGUGGCAUGGAACAGGUGCACAGUACAGCUGGUACAGGCUGCGAAGGCUCACUGCCAGUACAUCAUUGUGAAAAACUUCAUAGAUACCGUGGAGAAACUUACAAACGAGGCUGAAAUCCAGAAGAUUAUGAAACACCUUUGUGACCUUUUUGCAUUACAUGGUAUCUUCUCAAACACGGGAGAUUUCCUGCAUGAUGGGUACAUAUCUGGGGACCAAAUGGACUUGGUGACUGCAUCCUACUUGGACCUACUCGCUGUCAUUCGGAGUGACGCAGUGCCACUAGUGGAUGCUUUUGACUUCACUGAUGAAAAUUUAAAUUCUGCACUUGGGAGUUACGACGGUCACGUCUACCAGCGGCUUUACGAGUGGGCUCAGAAGUCACCAACCAACCAACAGGUGAGCCAGGCCUAUGAAAGUUACCUGAAGCCACUUUUUCAGGGGGCUCUAUCAAAACUAUGAAGAUUAACAGCUGCUUGGGACACAGAACAUUUUCUUUGGUUCAGUGUAUGGUUCACAAGCUGGCACGCUGCCAGUGUUUUAUAAAUAAUCAUAGAGCGACACUGAACAGCUGACUGUGUUGUCUGCAAACAUCAACUGGAAUUCUUAGUCAUUUACAUUUAAGAAUGGAAGGGAGCCAGAAAGCUCUUUCAGCUAUGUCCACAUCACGUAGAGCAGUGUUUCUUAAACUUUUUAAGAUGGAGGAACACCAAACAAUAAUUUGUUGAGUGGUGAAAAAUAAGAGACCGCGGAAAAGUUAUUGAGCAAAAUAAAUAAAUAAAUAAAUAAAUAAUUGAGGGGAAGUUAUUGAGGGGGGAAAAAAACUCGCCUGUCCCUUUCAAGGUAGCCAUUUUGAACUCAGUUCUCCGCGGCACACCUCCAACUGCCUCACGGCAAACCGCUGUGCCACGGAACAGUUUAAGAAAAACUGCUGUAGAGUGCCGUAUUAGGAAUUCACUUUUUUUUUUUUAAAUUAUAUGUUCGAAGUAGCAGCACAAGCUGCUGUAUUUUGGCAGUUUGAUACUCAAUUUUUUUUUUUUUUUUUUACAUUAAGGUUAAAAAUAAUUACUUUCUUGCUGCCCUGGACAUAAGUUUGUGGAGCCCAUAAAAUGCUUUACCACCAAAUCAAGAAACUUAACAAAACUAAUGUAAAGUCACAGCCAUAGAUUCUAAAACCAGCUGCUUAGAUUAAGAGCUCUAUUAAAAUGCAAGCCCUUUGGGGAAGGGAACAGAAUUCCUUCUUGUAUCUUGCUGAUCAGUGAGCACUCUCUGCACUUAAAUAAUCAGUCAAAACUCACACUGACUAUGCCAGCUUCAACUUGUGGAAAUGAUCUAUUAUGAUGUGAGCUGCUGAUGCCCUGUCUGUAAACUUCAGCCUCCAAUUGUGGUGUGCGAUUUAAGGUUUGCUUAUUAAAUGGGUCUGUGUUUAUGAAGUAAAAAGCACGUAUCUUCUAUUCAGUGAUUAAAGCCAAACAUUACCUUGCAAAGAAA